AUGGACGGCGGCGGACGCCACCCGCUCAACGUAUUCUUCCAUGGCGCGAGGCUCGCGUUCAGGCGGGACGCCCUCGGGAAGGAGAUCAUGGGAAUCGCCGUGCCGGGCGCGCUCGCGCUCCUCGCAGACCCACUCGCUUCCCUCGUCGACACCGCCUUCAUUGGCCACAUAGGCCCAGUAGAGCUUGCAGCCGUAGGUGUAUCCAUUGCUGUGUUCAAUCAAGUAUCGAGGAUCGCAAUAUUCCCGCUUGUGAGCGUCACGACAUCAUUUGUUGCGGAGGAAGAUGCUACUUCCUGUGACAGAUACAAAGAUGAAAUAGGCGGUGAGAAUGAACCAGAUAGCGAAAUGGAUGAACUCAUUCCUCGCCAAGAUACAAGUGCCACCUCCGGCAAGUCGUCUUUGCAAACUGACACAGGGGAGAUCCAAAUUGAGCUUAAAAGGAAAAAUAUUCCAUCGGUUUCUACAGCAUUACUACUUGGUGGGGUGCUUGGCCUUGUUCAAACUGUACUGCUUGUUUCAUUUGCAAAACCUAUCCUAGGCUUCAUGGGCGUGAAAGCGGAUUCGGAGAUGUUGAAGCCUGCUCUCCAGUACUUGGUACUCAGAUCUCUAGGUGCUCCUGCUGUUCUUCUAUCUCUGGCAACACAAGGGGUAUUCCGUGGACUUAAAGAUACAAAGACUCCUUUGUAUGCAACUGUGGCUGGAGAUGCGAUAAACAUUGUUUUCGAUCCGAUAUUUAUGUUUGUGUUCCAGUAUGGUGUAAGUGGAGCAGCUGUUGCUCAUGUUAUAUCACAAUACUUCAUUGCAGCCAUACUCUUAUGGAAAUUACGACUGCACGUUGAACUAUUGCCACCUAGCUUGAAACAUUUGCAGAUUGGUCGGUUCCUUCAAAAUGGUUUUCUUUUGCUUGCCAGAGUUAUUGCGGCAACAUGCUGUGUGACCCUAUCUGCAUCAAUGGCUGCACGACAAGGUUCAACUGAGAUGGCUGCAUUCCAGAUAUGUUUGCAGAUUUGGUUGGCAUCUUCCCUUCUUGCAGAUGGAUUGGCUUUUGCGGCACAGGCUAUACUUGCAAGUGCAUUUGCUCGUAGAGAUCAAUCGAAGGCCACAGCCACAGCUUCCCGCGUGUUGCAGCUUGGAAUGAUUUUGGGAGUUUUCCUGAGCAUACUUCUUGGAGUUGGCCUUCGUGUUGGUUCAAGAUUAUUUACGGAAAACCAGGAUGUCCUGCAUCAUAUUUACGUAGCAACACCGUUUGUUGCUCUCACCCAACCAAUCAACACUCUAGCUUUUGUUUUUGAUGGUGUCAAUUAUGGAGCAUCAGAUUUUGCAUAUGCUGCUUAUUCAAUGAUACUCGUGGCUAUUGCCAGUAUCAUUUGCAUUCUCGCCCUCACGAGUUACAGUGGUUUUAUUGGAAUUUGGAUAGCUUUGUCUAUCUACAUGUGCCUCCGCAUGUUUGCAGGAUUCUUGAGGAUUGGGACUGCACGAGGGCCCUGGGCUUUCCUUCGUGACUGAACAUGUGCUAGAGCAAUAUGUGCGCUUUGCCACACCACAUCUUAUUUAUAAUUGUGAUUCACUACAGGCAAAAACUACCUUGGACAACAUCCUCACAUUUCACAUUCAUCGUACGGUACUGCUAAAGUAAAGUGUGGUCGGUAUAAUCUUUUAAUCAGAAGAGCCCUUGAAUGCAAUGUACCAAUGAGGACACAUGUGUAAAUAUUUAAUCUUCUAAGAAAAAUAUAUCCAAAUCACCAAAAAAAUUAUACCAA